AUGGUUUUUGACGUGAUGCUGCGGGGGGUUAAGUUUUCUUUUCUCCUGACAUUUAGACCGCCGGACAGGCAGGCAGGCUUGAGAAACAACCGGCAAACUUAUGCAGAGAGCGGCAUGAUUCGUUUUUUUAAGGAUGAGAUAUGGUUGCAUCCGCGGCCCGGACAGAGUUUGAAUAAGUUGUUUCUCCCCGUUUUAUCCCCACACCCACGAACAUUCGCUGGACGUUCGAUGAUAUUAUUCUCAGAUAAGGGCUGGUAUUUAGCGGCAACUGUAGUUAUCUCGUCGAAUACCACGGCAUUGAGUUCCUCGAAGUGCAGCAAUGCAUUGCUUCAUGUCCGGAAUCCACAAUUGAAGUGUAUUCUAGUAAUAUUGUUCUUAAUAUAA